AUGGCUGCAAUCGCGAACCUGCGCCACAAAAUCUCUCAUCACAAGCAUGAAUUGGGUGAAUCGCUUUCCAAUCACAGUGAUAAACACCGGCGAGGGGGCCCCGAAAAAGAUGUUGCCGAUACAGUCCAACAAGAGGUCCAAUGGUCCAGCGCCGAGGAUGAGGAAGAGGGUGGAGAAGAGAACAACCGGCGCGGGCACGGCGAGGCCAUGAAAAGCCUAGAUGAAUUCCUGGACAAUGAUGACCCUCCUGAAGCGAAGAAGCGAUAUGGCAAACUACCAUUGGUACAGUCUCAAGAUGACCCGAUCGAUGAUGACGCAUGGAACGCGGGUUGGAUUUCGCUCGCAGAUAUUGACACCAGUCUCACUGGCAAGGAAAUCACCUUUCGCGCUCGAAUUCACGUUGUGCGACACAUGAGUGCAAGGCUUGCCUUCGUGGUGUUUCGCCAGGAGACCACCACGAUACAGGGCGUGCUCCGCGCCAUAGACGGCGGGGUCUCUGAAAAUAUGGUCCGGUGGGUGGAACACAUGAGGGCAGGUUCCAUCGUCGUCGUCAGGGCCAAAGUCAAAGAGCCCGAACAAACUGUUAAGGGUACAAGCACUUCGGAUGUGGAACUUGAGAUCUCACAGAUGCGGCUGGUCUCGGCGAGGACGGCUCCUGUGCCCUUUAGUGUCUACGAGGCUGACGCAGCGACUGACGGUCACUCUAUAUCCGAUAGGGUCAGGCUCGCGAAUCGUAUUCUCGACCUGCGAACACCAUCAGCACAGGCAAUCUUCCGAGUUCAGUCGGCUGUGUGCAAGACUUUCCGACGCCAUCUCGAGGACCGUGGCUUUCUAGAGAUCCAUACACCAAAAUUACAAGGCGGAGCGACUGAGGGCGGUGCAGACGUCUUCAAGCUCGAUUACUUUGGUCGUCCGGCUUUUCUGGCUCAAAGCCCACAGCUUGCCAAACAAAUGUGCAUCUCGGCAGAUUUCCCACGUGUCUUUGAAAUUGGCCCUGUCUUCCGUGCUGGUAGGUUUUUCACCUCGUCCCUGGUGACAUACAUGGCUAAAUGCUACGCAGAAAACUCAAACACCCCCCGCCACAUGACCGAAUUCACGGGAUUGGACCUGGAAAUGGCUAUAGACAGGCACUAUCACGAAGCAAUGUGGUUGAUUGAUGCGACACUGAAAGAGAUCUUCAAAACACUUUAUGACUGCAACAGGAAGGACAUUGAUACCCUGAAACAUCACUUCCCACACGACGACCUGGUCUGGCUGGACGAGACACCGAGAAUCACAUUCGCAGAAGGUGUCAAGUUGUUGAACGAAUCAGGUUGGACCAACGACGACGGAAGUCAACAGUCCGAGCAUGACGACCUGCCGACCCGGGGCGAGCGAAGACUCGGAGAGCUAGUCAAGCAGAAAUAUCACACUGAUUAUUACAUCCUCGACAAGUUUCCUGCAGCCGCACGUCCCUUUUACACCAUGCCGGAUCCCAAAGACGGGAAUAUCACCAAUUCUUUCGAUUUUAUGGUUCGGGGACAAGAAAUCCUUUCUGGUGGGCAGAGAAUCCAUGAACACACACUGCUGAAGGAGCGAAUGGAAGCCCAAGGCAUGGAUCCAGAUGACUUGAAGGAAUAUGUGCAAGCCUUCGAGUGGGUGGCGCCGCCGCACGCCGGCGCUGGUAUCGGGCUCGAACGUCUUGUUGCGCUGAUCCUGGACCUAGGCAACUUGCGCUAUGCGUCACUGUUUUCCCGCGAUCCCAAGAGCUUCCCCGCGAAAAAGGAACCGAACCUGCGACAUCCCGAGGACAGCACUUUGCAUCGUCCCAAGGGCUAUCUCCAGCCGGUUGAGAACUUGGUAGCAAAUUACGGAGACGCCACGAACACUUCUUGGAUGGACGAGAGAUACCAGAUUUGGCGGGACGACAAGACGGGUGCAGCUAUCGCCUACGUUCCUACACAUGAUCGAGCAAUUAUUGCCGGAAACCCGCUGUGCGAAACAUCCCAGCUUGAAGACGUGAUUGCCGUCUUUCUGAAGUGGCUUCGGCGCGAGACUCGGCUCCGGCCUCUUUUUAUUCUUGUAGACAAAGAAAUCGAAGAGGUUCUCGGCGCUAAGAUGGGAUGGAAGAGCUUCACCAACGUGGCAGAGCAGCGAGUCAAUCUUGCUAAUAAUGAGCAUUUGACCAUCAACAGCGACGUUGACCGCAAGAUCCGGCACGCCUCGAAAGAAGGAGUGAAAGUGACAGAGUACGGCAGUGAGGUGCCGGAGGACGUGCGCCGGGAAGUAGAAAAGCGCAUCAAAGAGUGGCAGGAUAACCGCGAGGGUGCACAGGUCCACUUGAGUGUGAUCACGCCGUUCAAGGAUGCAUCACACCGCCAGUACUUCAUCGCCGUGGACGACCGGGGCAAAAUACACAGCCUGGUGGUGCUCGCACAACUUGCACCUCGGUGGGGCGUGCAGGUGAAAUGGGCGCUUGACUUCCCCGGUGCGACCAAUGGAGCGAUCGAACUGACAGUGCAGGCCGCUCUCAAGGCCGCUGCGAAGGCGGGUUACAAGACGUGCACGUUCGGUGCCGGCGCGACCGCCAAACUGAGCAGCGAGCACAAUGUCGGCAGUGUCAAGGCUGCCACGCUCGACUCGCUGUACCAGACCCUGGCGGCCAAGUUCAAUCUCGACAAGAAGACGGGGUUCAGGACCAAGUUCAACACUCUCGAAGACCCGCUCUACCUGUGCUACCCGCCCCGGGGUUUGGGACCGAAGGGUGCUCGCGCCAUCAUCGACUUCUUCCAGGGGGAAGAAUAG